UGUCACCAUCGCGUUCACACACAAAAAAAGUCAUUACAACUUAUUUCCAUCCGCAUCACAGUGAGCGUCUAAGUGGUUGCUGGGAGAUGAUGUUUAGAGAGCGUGGAGAACAAAGACUGUGUCCAGAAGCUUAUUAAAUUUCCGCUAUUGAAUGUGAGAUAGCAGAUAUUCAGUAGGACAUGCAUAUUAAGUGCAGUCCUGUGAUCUGAUGAGACAGUCCGCUUCCAGGAGGCGAAGCAUGCUGCCAGAGAGCUGCAGCACCAGAGAGGACGGCCACACGGGGAUGGAGAGCCUGGUUUUUCAAGUUUGACAGAGUGUCCUAGAGAGUCUGUCCCUACUGUGAGCAGUCACCAUGCUGUACAGUCACCUGUUGCUUUGUGUCUACAUCCUCACCUUCCUGAUGGGCGUCCCUGCCAACAUCCUGGCAUUCUGCACCUUCUGUCGCAAGGUGCACCGCAAGGCAACCCCAAUAGACGUCCUCCUCCUCAACCUCACCAUCUCUGACCUUAUCUUCCUGGUCUUCCUGCCAUUCAAAAUGAAGGAGGCCUCGGACGACAUGGCCUGGCUGCUGCCCUUCCCCCUGUGUCCCUUCACUGGUUUUCUGUUCUAUGUCACCAUCUACAACAGUACGCUGCUCCUCACAGCCGUGAGUGUGGAGCGUUACCUGGGGGUUGCCUACCCACUCAGGUACUCCCUGUGUCGCAGGCCUCGCUACGCUGUGCUGGCCAGUAUCAUAUUCUGGGUGGUGACCUCUUCGAACCUCAGCAUUGUCUACAUCAUACCCUAUGCACAGUGGAACAAAGGUACAGACACUGACAGCAGCAGUGGCAGCCCGCCCCCUCCACGAACCUGCUACCUGAAUUUCACAGAGGACGAGCUCAAAAUUCUGCUGCCGGUCCGCUUGGAGCUCUUCUUCGUUCUCUUCUGCAUCCCUUUCUUCAUCUGCUCCUUCUGCUACGUUAACUUCAUCCUCAUCCUGUCGCGUCUUCCAAACAUUGGAAGGCGGCGGAGGCUGCGCGCCAUAGGUCUGGCGCUCGGCACUCUGAUAGUAUUCGCCGUCUGUUUUGGGCCUUACAACGCCUCCCACGUGGUGGGGUUUGUCCGUAAGGAGAGUGAGGACUGGAGGAACGUGGCUUUGCUCUCCAGCACCUUCAACGCCUGCCUGGAUCCAAUUAUCUUCUACUUCUCUUCAGCAGCGGUCAGGAGUAUGUUAAAUCACUGCUUCAAGAACAUCAUGGCGAAGCUGCACAUUCUGAGGUGUCGAGGGUCUCAGCUCUGUCCUCACCAGAGACCUCCCAAGACUGACAAAUACAGGGAAGCAGCCCCUCCUUGAAAGAUUAUAUAUAU